GCCACAGCCAGAAUAGCUCUCAGCCUUAAAGAUCUUUUUAAAAAAUAAAAUAAUAAUAAUAAAUGGUCAUUUUAAUUUCAAUUAAAGUCUCGUAAUGGAAGACUGGAAAGCGAUAUGAAAGUGAACACGUAGAGGAAUUUGGUCCAUGCGAGGAACGUACGACGAAGAACUAGACGCGAUUGCUUCGAAUUUUCUUUUCAACUUCUCCCCGUUCAGAUUUCAUUAUUAUCUCCAAUUUUCAGUAUUAUUUUGGAGUUUUUUUUUCUCAUUUUUUGCGGCAAUGUCUGAUGCACCGGCGUCGUCUUCGGGAAUCGUCUUAGAAGGAAUUGAUGAUGUGGAAGAUUACGUUUGGGCAAAUGAAGGAGUAGGAUCAUUGCCAUGGGACCGAUAUAGUCAUGUUUAUGAUCUUAUGGAGAAUGGAAACCGAGCAUUCCGAGAGAAUCGUUUUGAGGAGGCUAUCAACAAUUACUCAAGGGCCAAUAACAUGAAACCUGGUGAUCCUGUUAUUCUUGGUAAUAGAAGUGCUGCCUACAUGAGGAUUAGUCAGUUUCUGAAAGGUAGAUCACCAACAGCUUCUGAAUAUAGACCAUUGAAUGGACUGGAUAUGACAACACUUGCUGAACUUGCUCUUAAGGAUGCUGAGAGGUUAAUGAGCUUGCAAAAUAAUGAAGUAAGAUCCUAUAUCUUAAAGGCCAAUGCUCUAAUUCUGUUGGAAAGAUAUGAGGUGGCAUGGGAUAUUAUUCUUUCUGGUCUUCAAAUUGAUCCUUUCAGUGCCGUUCUCCGGGCUGCUCUUCAGAGUUUGGAGAGGAGGCCUUCCAGCUUGGUGCAGACUAGAGGCCAUGAGGGGCCCGAACGUACUGAUGAUUUUGAUUGCACACUUUGUCUGAAGUUACUAUAUGAACCCAUAACAACACCUUGCGGGCAUUCUUUUUGUCGCUCAUGUUUAUUUCAGACAAUGGAUCGCAGUAACAAAUGCCCAUUGUGCCGAACAGUGUUAUUUAUUAGUCCUAGGACAUGUGCAAUAAGUGUAACGCUAAACAACAUCAUACAAAAGAACUUCCCAGAAGAAUAUGAUGAAAGGAGGUCAGAGCACACAUUCUUUAACUUAUCCUACCAAUUUUGUAUAAAUAAAAGUUUCUUAGUGAGGAGAAUAAUGGAAGGGAAUCAUAGGAUGGGAAUGGUCAUCCGUGAUCCCGCUACAGAUACCAUUGCUGAUUUUGCUUGUGAAGUGGAGAUCACCGAAUGUGAGCCACUUCCUGAUGGACGCUUUGUUCUAGAGAUUGAAAGUCGCCGGAGAUUUCGCAUCCUCAGAUCAUGGGACCAAGAUGGAUAUCGAAUGGCAGAGGUCGAGUGGGUACAAGACGUACCCCCAAGAGAUGCUAGAGAAAGAGAAGAUUUGCAGGAGUUGACAAAUAAUGCAGCAGCAUAUGCUCGGUCAUGGCUAAGUACGGCAAAAGAAGCAACACGAGAUCGAAGAAGGCUUGAGAUGCUCUAUAACGUUGAAGCAAUGAUGCCUAAUACACGAGACCCUGAGCGCUUCAGUUUCUGGCUUGCUACCGUGUCAAAUCGAAGGCCUUCGGAAAAAUUGGAACUGCUACGUAUCCGAGAUACAGGAGAGAGGAUACGAAGGGGACUGAUAUACCUGAGAACAGAAUCACAAGGUCAUCGGUAAUGUACAGUGAUACUUAUGAUAAUAUGGAUGCAGUUUAUAUAUAUAUAUAUAUUUAACAAAUACAAUAAAUUAAUUCGACCUUAAUUUAUAUAUAUAUAUAUUUGAUUCAAUAUUCUUUGGGCCACACUAUAGAAGUCUGUGGGUCCCUAUGUUUGUUGUAAAGUCAUUAUUUUGAAUCCAAUUUCUUGAAUGCUUU